AUGGCUCUCGGGCUCUCUCUACAGCUCUGUCGAUCCCUCUCCAGACGCAAGCGCCUGCCGCACCGGAGCGAGGCUGCGAGGAGGGGCGCGGAGCCCGCCGCGGCCGCUGCAGUCAGGGAAGCAGCCACCGCAGCCGAGCGCCGUGUCGGUCCCCGGGCUGUGCCCCCGCGCCGGGCACCGUGCGCCCAGGCCCGGAGGCCGGCCGGGGACCCGUGUGGAGGCCGCUCUCGCGAGGCGGGGAGGAGACGCAGGGGGGACCAGGAGGAGGAGCAGGAGCGGGUGAAGGAGAGGAGGAGGAGCGGGAGAAGGGGAAGGAGGAGAGCAGGGCCGGCCCGCCCCUGCCCAGCCCAGCCCCGCUGGAGGCCGAGACCAACCGGGCCGCCCAACCCUCGCCUUCCGCUUCACCUACGCCCAAGGUGCGGUGCAGAGGCCCGGCUGCGCGGCGCCCGCGCGAGGAGGAGCCUGUGCUGCAGCCGCCUUGCGUUCAGCCCCCGGAGCUGCGAGCCGGCGGCAUGUAGCGACGGCCGCAGAGCCAGCUCGGAUUUGCAACUCCGGAUUUUUUUUUUCCCCCCACUACGGGCGCGCGGCAACCUUGGAUCAACGCCUUGCCGCUCCGGCCGACUCUUCUCUUGCAAGCUGGGGUUUAGGGAAGGGCGCGGGGCCGAGAGUCAGUGUGGGACCCGGGAUCUCCCCGCGCCCAGUGGGCAACCAUGACCGACGAGAGCUCCGAUGUCCCCCGGGAGUUGAUGGAAAGCGUAAAGGAUGUUAUUGGCAGAAAGAUCAAAAUCUCAGUGAAGAAGAAAGUGAAGUUGGAAGUGAAGGGAGACAGAGUGGAAAACAAAGUUCUGGUGAGUG